UCCAAUUUGAUGGAAGGCAACCCGGGACUGAGGUGGGGCAACAAGUUCGGGAUUAUGCCCCUCCCCGUUCACUACAGCAGAAGCUGUGGCGACCCUCUCGAAUACCUGAGAAAAGCUAAGUCGAUGGUGGACCGGAAGAAGAAAUCCCUGGAGGCUCACUUCUCCUACAAAAUCGUGGAUAUGGCCAUGACUUAUCUAGGAGCACACGUCGCAAGCCUGCUCUACUACAGGAUCUGCUGCAACACCACGUUCAGCAUCUCAAACGUGUUUGGGCCGCAAGAGGAGAUCACGUUUGGGGGGAACCCCAUCACGUACAUAAGGGUGAACGUCUCGAGUUUACCCCACGCACUCACGAUGCACAUGGUGAGCUAUGCGGGGAGGGCGGACAUGCAAUUUCUGGUGGCCAAGGACGUCAACCCCGACCCUGAUUUUCUGGCCAAGUGCUUUGAGGAUGCUUUACUCGAAAUGAAAGCAGCAGCUUCUACAGCCUCGAACUCGAAGAAGUAA